AGAAGAGGUGUGCUGUGAUGUGUCUUUUUACUCUUGAGGAAACAGGACACAAUUCAUUUGUUUAGAUUUUUUCUCCAACAUCCAGUUCUGUCUUUCUCCCAACCCAUUUUCCUCUGUUUAAAGUUGUUCUAAAAGAGUGAAGAUGGAAGGCAGCAGCACGCCACUUUGUCAGAGUUUGAACCCACUUUUAAACCAGCUUUGUGAAGACCCCAGGGUGUCCCGGUUUCUAAACUCCAGAUUGGGGCAGUAUCUCCGGCAGCAUCCCGUCUUUGGCCUGUCCAUGCUCCUCUUUACUUCCAUGGCUGUUUUGCCUGUUGGACUUUUUGUUGUUUUUGCCCUUGUGACUCUGGUGCUGUCAGUGGUGGGCUUUGUUUUCGUUGAGGUGUUCCUGUUGUUUGUAGCUGGACUGACGCUGCUCUUCACACUAUCAGGACUCGCCUUCUUCUCAGUGGUGGCCUCUGUCGUCUUCGGCACUUUUUAUAUGACAAUUACCAACCUUUAUAGCAGCUACUACCAACAUGGGGCAACGCAAAGCGGGCCAACAGCUGCAGAAGAGGAGAAAGUUGACCCCCAAAACUGAUUUGAUUUUAGGAAACUGGUUUUUAUCUUUCAUAAGUUUGGUAUCUAAAUAUAUUUUAUGCAAUAUGAACAGUUUUAAAUGCAUUUUGAAAACACUCAUUUAUAGUGCCUAUGUUUGUGAGAGAACCAGUGAACAAUGUGCAAUGAGCGUGUUAAGAAUGUGAUGGCUGCAUAUGUCAAAUUAACUAUUUUACCUGGAAAAUGCACUAAUAUUUAAAUGUGACACUGCUU